AUGGUCUCGGUUACCAAGAGAACCAAGAAGGAACUUGCCGCGCACUGGUCUGGCGCUGAUGAGGAGGAGAGCGAGUUACCCCGGGAGGAUUGCGGCCAGUAUCCCGAUGGUGUCCUGGGGAAGAAGACUGUGCUGGAGAAAGUCGGGGGGGUGAUGGACAUCCUGAAGAAAGAAGGCCCGCGACGGGACCCACUGCAGAACCUGGCUGGCGUCAUCUUCAUCCGCUGGCUGCUGCGGGAGAAGAACUCGUCCAGAAGCGACUCUGUCCCGAGCGUCCAAGACAAAGUUGUGAAGCUGCUGGUAGAGCUGCUUGGCUCGCCAUGUCCAAACCUGGUCGGCUGCACACUGAGGCUGGCGCAUUCGCUCAUGCGCCGACACGAGUGGAGGGUUACCUUUGCCACCAAGGGUGGCGUCAAAGCCGUCCUGACGUGCAUGCAGGAGAUAGCCGACAUGCCUCAUGUGCAGCAGCUGGUGCUGGUGGUCAGGAACUGCACACACGCACGCACAGUCCCCACCAAGAGUUUGUUGCUUUUGACGCCCACGUUCUCAGACGCUGAAAGUCCUGAUGGGGCAUGUGGCAGCGAGGUUCCCAUGCUCUCUGAGGCAGGCGCUCAGAUGAUGCUGGAGCUCUUCGCCAGCCUCGGCUCGGCCACGCCCGAAGGCUCCAAAGGCCCGCUGGCUGCCAUACCUGCCGCCCUUGACCUCAUGCUGCGGACGCCAGACUGCGCAAUGGCUGUGCGCGAUGGCCUGACGCUCGUGGUGAUGCUGGUCUCCGACCACUAGAGCUUGGCCUCGCAGCUGGUGUCCUGUGGCAUCACGGCCGUCCUGGAGAAGUGUCUGGCGCUGUCCCAGGACGAGACCAUGCUGGCCAUCGUUGCCCUCAACCACAUCUUGAUGGCGCAGAAGCUGGAGAACAAAGAUCCUCCAGAGCAGUUGCAGCUGAAGGACAUCCAGCUGCAGAAAUUGCCGAUGAGUCUGAAGGGGAUGACGGCUACUGCCAAAGAAGUCAUCCACAUGCUGAAGCAGCUGCUGUGCCAGUCGGCGUCUCUGCCCGAGGGCCUGCGUAGCCAGGUAUCUCAGAGUCGGGACGUGUUUCAGGACCUCCUGCGUCUGAUGAAGCCGCUGAGAGCGGACCGGAACGUCCAGCUGUCCAUUUUUGACCUCAACAAGUCUCUGUACAGCUACCAGGAGGACGCGCUGCCCUGGCAUGACAGCAUCAAACCCUGCCUGGCAUCUUUGAGCGCCUUUGUCACGGACAAAGAGGUUGUUCAGCAGCUGCUGCUCUUCCUCCACCGCCUGACCCGCGUCAACAUAGACUAUGCUGUGGUCAUGUGCCGGCAUGGCACCAAAGAGCUUUUGAACAAGGCCCAGGACAAACAGGACGGCGCCCAACGCCGCAGCCGGCUUUCCGCUCGGCCAAUAGUGAGCUUGCCCUUGUGCCAUCAGAUGACGUUAGAUCAGAUUGAGGAGCAUCGGCGCAGCCGCGAGCCCAUCAACGUUCCCUUCUUUGAUGUCUUGCUUCGGAAUCUCUGCCAAGCACUUAGCUUUUCUUGGGGGCGCAGAGGUGUCGUCAUCAGGUAGCUGGCCAUCCUGGUUGCCAACGAGGACUCCAGCUACAUGCCGGCCAAGAUCCUGGUACUGGGCGGAGACAACCAAGGAAACAUUAGUACUGAACUCAACAUGGUGAAUGUGACGACGUCAGCCACUCGGAUUGUUCUGCUAGAAAAUAUGACCAGAUGCUGGUCCAUCGUUCAGGGCCGCAUCAAGAGAUGCCAGCAGGUCAGACUUGUUGUCGCUCACAUAGCUUGGUACCUUUUGAGGAGAACUGUCAAAUGCUUUAAAAAUGCUUUCUCUCUGUGUCACUCUCUCUCUGGCAUGCACACUCUCGCACUCUCUCACUGUCUCUCUCUCUGGCACUCUGUGUGUCUCUCUGUCUCUGGUACAAUCUCUCUCUGGCAAUGUCUCUCUCGCUGGCACUCUCUCUGGCACUCUCCGUCUGUGUGUGUGUCUCUCUGUCUGUGUGUCUGCGUCUCUGUGUAUUUCUCUUUCGCUCUCUCUCGCCGCCACGUCACACACGCCUGUUGCAGGAUGAACAGCGCCUUCAGGCACGAGCAGAUGUUUGCUGAGCGCUUCCUGCCGGAUGCCGAAGCCGCCGAAGCCUUGGGCCGAACCUCCUGGGAGGCGCUGGUCACGCCGAUCGUCCGCGCCAUCACAUUGUCAGAACAAGGCGGCCCCAGCCCGCUGUCCUGGCUGCUCGACGAGUACCUGGCCAAGUCGGACUCGGCCCCCUACCGCUGCAAAUUCAGGGCGGCCAUCUUUAACUCCUGCGUCCGACGCCUGACUCAUCUCCUGGUGCACGCCGACACUCGCCCAGAGCGCCCGGGCCUUCCCGCCAAGUCUCGUGAGUCCUGCAAGACGAAAGGCAUCCGAUUUGAGCAAGCGCGCAGGCACGCACACACAGGCAAACAAGCCAAGUGGACUUUUGUUUUGCUUGGAUGUGCUAGCGCUCUACCUCCUCACUUUGCUUUCCACGCCCGACGUCCAUCAGCUCAUUCCAAUUGGCUGUUUCUGUUUGGAAAUGCUUCCUCCAGAAGACAAAGAAGCCCAGAACAAAGAAAGCGCAGCGGCUCCAAUGAGGAGCCGGACAUCCGCGUCCUGCUUCUGUCUCCUCGCUGCUGGACUGUCUCGCCCCUCUGCUUCAUGGACAAGCCGUCGCGCCACUUGCCGGACCGCCUGAGCUUAUACCUUGCUCAAUUUGCACACUUCUAUGGCUGCUUUGUCAGUGUUCUCAUGUCAUGCGCUCAACGCUUUUGUGGGCCAUAUGACGGUGUGCGCGUUCCUUUAGGCCAGUCUGUGUCUUUCGGGAGUCGGGGUAUACCUGGGGGUCUACAGUGGACGUGGCUCGGGCACGCCGAUGUGCAGUUUGGCUGUUUGACGCUUCACGUUUCCACGCUCCAGAUGUUCAUCCUUCUGCAAUUUAACACGCAGCAGGAAGUGGGUGUGGCCCCGUUGCUGAAUGGGCCUGGCCUUUCAAAGGAGCUAGUGCUUAACGCUCUGCAGCCUCUGAUUGAUGAUGAAGGGCCGCUCAACUGCAGCCAUCCGCUAGACCCUUGCCAAGGCAUGCUGCAGCCCAAGUGGCAGGCAGCGCCUGGCCCAUACAAAUGCGUGGAGCUUCAGCCACCACAGACCUACUUGAAUGUGGACAAAGAUGCCACCCCCGCCCUGGAGACCAAACGGAACUUCAUCUACUGCCUCAUUGUCAACAUCCUCAAGCAAGAGAAGAUGUAUAUCGACAACCUGGUAUUCAAGGUUCUCCAGUACCUCAGCGCUGGCGUGGAGCAGAACCUGGUGACAAACUUUAACUGUCCCAUACCCGACGGCCGGGGCCAGGCCACAUCCCGCUUCUUCCUCUCCAUCGUCACAGACAAGGACACCGUCGCCAAGAUACUAAAUGAGAAGACGCGUCUGCGAGGCUUUGUGGAGUCCUGCUCCAACCUGACAUGGUGCACCAACCCGCAGGGCUGCGAUCAGAUCCUGUGCAAAGAGAACAUGGGCAGCAUGAGCAAGUGCGGAGCAAUCACGCCUUCCCCGCAGGCACACUGCCCGGCCAGCUGCAGUCACAUGUCUCAGUGGAUAGACGAUGGCGGCUUCUACGAAAGCAUGAGCGCAGACGCUCAGAGCAAACACUUGGCCAGGCUCAUCUCCAAACGCUGCCCCAACUGCCAGGCACAGAUCGAGAAGAAUGAGGGCUGCCUCCAUAUGACCUGUGCCAAGUGUAACCACGGCUUCUGCGCAUGGCGCUGCCUCAAAGCAUGGAACCCCAUGCACAAGGACUACUACAACUGCGCCGCCAUGGUGGGUCACCUAAACUCGCCGGCAACACAUCCCUGCCAAUAUAUCUUUGUCAAAUUUCAGAAUCAAUAAAGUGCUUACACCUC